AUGCAAUAUCAUCAGGCUGAGUCAUGGGGUUACUAUGUGCCAAUGAGGACCGGCAUGAUAUCAGACCCACUGGAGAAAGUUGCGAGGCUGGCAUCAGAGAGUGCUGUUGUGGUAUUUAGUAUCAGCAGUUGUUGCAUGUGUCAUGCCGUGAAGAGACUCUUUUGUGGGAUGGGUGUGAACCCAACUGUUUAUGAGCUGGACCAUGAUCCAAGAGGGAAAGAGAUUGAGAAGGCAUUAAUGAGGCUGCUUGGGAAUUCAACUUCUGUGCCUGUUGUUUUCAUCGGAGGGAAGCUAAUUGGUGCCAUGGACCGAGUCAUGGCUUCCCAUAUUAGUGGAAAUCUCGUGCCCCUCCUCAAGGAAGCUGGAGCACUUUGGCUUUGA